GAGGCCCUCACUCGAGCUGUCCACGAAAGCACUUUGGAGCGUACAACAGCCACGUAACACAAAACGGCUUUGACUCUGCCCAUCAAUCUGCUAGAUCCGCGCCUGCAUUCCCCUGUUGACUACGAGUCACGUGUCGGUGGAAUCCAGAUCCCCCUAGUGCCCUAUGUAAACUGAGUUUCUACAGCCUCGAAUAGACCGCUUUUUCUGUGCUCCACCCUAUUCCUCACCAUUUUGACCAUGGGGAAUGCACUCAAAGACCAGAUUGGACUGCGGCAGCAGGACUCUCAUGCGUAUACAGCUAGCUAUGAUGCAGAAUGGACCAUGGGACCGAUGCUCCUCGGGGGCUGCGUGGCUGCGGUGCUGUACUCAACUGCGCACGCGCAUUUUACUACGACGCUCGCAUCUCAGAAACAACCAGACGUCCAAACGCUGCACAUUGAAUUUUUCCGGCCCUGCACCCCCGAACCUUCCGCCAUCAAAGUAACCGACCUGAAGAUUGGCAAAGGAUCGUGCUUCAUACAACUAGAUCUGAGUCAAAAUGGCGAGCCGAGAUGCACAGCACUAGCUACAUCCACCGAUUUUACAGUCCCAUUCGGGCCUACAGCUAAGGCAAAUGUACCUUUCCUGCCAGCGCUGCCGCCAGGUCCGGACUUGAAGAAAGUCGAGGCUUAUGAGCCGGACGAGAACUGGCUUCCUUCGAAGACGAUAGGAGAGCUUCUUCCUUUCUUGAAACGCAUGACAUUCCUGUACCCGGUCAAUGGACAGCCGACGCCUGGCAUUAUCGACUACUGGUGCGCCUUUGACAGGCCGGAGCGCUUUGAUGGUGCCCAUCUAGCAAUGCUUUGCGAUAUGGCUCCGUCAACAUCAGACACCCUGCUUCGAACCGAAGGCGUCUUCGAUGCGCACAAGAUAUACAGGAUCAAAAAAGAGACAGCGGAGAAGACACCAGGAAAGCCGGCGAUACUGAGAAACUCGCUCAAGGAAGCCGCCAAAGCGCGCAUCUGGAAUACGACAUUGACAAUGGAUCUCCAAUUCAAACGGCGGUUACCAGAACAGGAGAUGAUGUGGACUUUUACGAGGGUGAUAACGAAGAUGCUAGAUGGCGGCAGGAUGGAUUUGGACUUCACUAUUUGCGAUGAGGAACUAGUACCUAUUUGCCUUGCGCGACAAAUCAUGCUAGUUAUUGAUGCUAGGAGACGGUUCAAGAAAGUUGACAAGGGUGAAGCAUCCAAGCUUUAGACCAAAAUAUCAACGGAAAGUAUGUGCAUCGACUAGACCUCUUCAUCUUUCGUGCUACGCCUUACUGGUAACAUACUUCGGUGCUACUGUGUCAAGCGUUCACCGCGCUCCCCCGUUCAAACGUUGCCAAUGAAUGUCUCCUACCGUUUCGCCCUGGCUCGCCGACUAGAACCGCGGAGUGGCUGAGGACGUGAACUCCUCCUGUCAGUUUUUGACAAGCGGGAAACGGCAAGAAAGCUGUGCAUUAAACGGGAGAUAUGACCCAACCAUGACAGCCAUUUUCAUGGAAAUGCGAACAAAGCGGUGAGAAUGGACACGAAAAAUCAAGAAGACUAAAGGCAGCUCACUACCAAGCUUCCUCAACACUGCGAGCUUAG